UGAGACGCAGCGCUUUAGCGGCAGAAAGUUUCCUUCUGGAUGUCAUUCUGCGCGCAGCAAUGAUUUGAAGAGCUCACGUUGCUUGUUCUUAGGGAGUAUGAGAUGUGUGCUCAUUCUAACGGACCCGUUAUUUUGACGCCACGAGCUCUGGACAGCUUUGGGAAUGAUGAUCGGUAACGAGCGGAGCCCACAGACAUCCAAGCCGCCUCCUCCAGCCUCACCUGCGGCUUUACCGCUCAGCGCGUCCCGCAGAAGAUUCUCCCGGGUCGGGAGGAAACACAGCAAUGGAUCCGUCCAGUCCAGCUCAUCCAGCGGCACGGCCAGAUCAACAGAGAGCGUGGGAAUCCGCCAGCCGGCGAAGAACAAGAUCCGGCGUCACCAGCACCAUCUGUCGGCGGUGUUCGGCCGCGGGCCCAGAGGAGGUUCUGGAGAGAUGGCCGCUGCGGGAGAGGAGGCGCUGGUGACAGACGACCCCUCCGAACUGUCCAAUCACAUCACGGCUCCAGGCAUUCUAAAGAUUUUUGGCACGGAGAUCUGUGAAGGAGCCAACUACAAGAGCGUACUGGCCACAACACGCUCCAGUGCCAGAGAGCUGGUUAAAGAGGCACUCGCCAGAUACUCCCUGAGCAAAGAAGACGCUGAUGACUAUGUGUUAUGUGAUGUGAUCGGCUGUGUUGGAAACCAGUGCUGGAGGACCGAAUGUGUUCGUGUGGUGGGAGACCAUGAGAAGCCGCUGCUGCUGCAAUCGCUCUGGAAACCCAGAGAAGGAUUCGCUCGACGCUUUGAGAUCCAGCGCAAAGCCACUGUAGAAGAAAACAACUCUAAAGACCAGGACACUGUGACCGCUGGUAUAAACGCACAGGCACGUAAGCUGCAGAAGACGCGCUGCAGAGGGAAAUCCGUGCCGCUGGAUGUAUGCGUGAGUGACGACGCCGUGGACGGCAGACACAAUCUGUUUAAGAGUCUCAGUGACACGGAUCUGACAGCUGAAGCUCAAAGCACCUGUACGGAGCGAACGCAGGAGGAGGAUCCAGAGGCCGAGGCCGAGGCCGACAAAGCAACACAGUGUCCUGCUAAUGAACGGGAGGAGACGGAGAGCAGCGAUGACAGCGCCACACAGUAUUCCAUUCACCCGCCUCUGGACUUCCCUUACUUCCUGCUUCUGCAGGGCUUCAGUUACAGACAGGAUUUUGUCAUAAAUGCCCUGAUCAAUAGCUGCACAGUAUUCGGACGCCACGUUGAACAACCUCACAAUGAGACUGAGAGUGAUGGCGAUCGCAUGAAUCUCUGGGCUCCUGAUCUUCUGCCCGAUCACUGCAGCGUCACUCGGGCCUCCGCGGCCGGACGGUCCGGGACCGAGACCCGACUGAAACCCCUCAACAGAGCUAAGGUCAAGAGGAACGGAGCCGUCAUCAAGCACGAGGUGGAGCUGCAGUCAGGAGACAUCAUCGCACUGGGCGAUCAUUACCUCUUCAUGUAUAAAGACCCCACCUGUCCGAAGGUCGCGACCCCUGCAGAAGUGGCUCAGAUGAGCAGACGGCCUCCUCUCUGUAAAUCGUGCGUGAGAGCGAGAGCCUGCUUCAGAGACGUGGAUGGAGCAGAGCUGCUUCUGCCGUAUGACGUGGAGCAUGAGUCCAUGGUCCUGAAGGAGAUCUUCAGCUUGGUGGAGCGGGAUCCGGCCGCACACAAACUGACCGCGGCCUUCCUGCUGUGUUUGUGUCUCCAGCAGUCCGCCGCUCACUUCUCAAUGCCGGCUCUCCGGCGGCUGCUGCUACAGAUGGCCAGUGAGCUGCAGACCAUCGUAUGGGAAAAGGCAAAGGAACUCGCAGCUUUGCAGCCUGAAAUAAGUGAGUCAGACGCGGCAGACUGGCCUUCUGGUGCUGACAGACUGAUCCAGGGUCUGGAGCCGCUGGUCCUCUGGAUGUCCAACUCCGUCCAGAUCCUUCACUUCAUCCACCAGGAGGUUCCUCGUCUGCUGCACGGAGUCUCUCAGGAGGAGGAGGAGGAGGAGGAAGACUGCAUUGCGGUGCUGGAGCUGCGGCUCUCCUCCGUGCGCUCGGCCAGUGAGGAGGCCAUGACGGUCCUGGAGGAGGUCCUGAUGUUCACCUUCCAGCAAUGUGUCUACUAUCUCACCAAGAUGCUGUACCCGUUUCUCCCCGGCGUUCUGGACAGUCAUGCGUUCUCCGACAGCGGGCAGCUGCAGGUGUCGUCGCAGGUCAGACGCGUGCUGGACGUCUGCAGUCAGAGUCUGCGUCUGCUCCGAGCGUUCGACGUGCAUCCGGACAUCAGCGCGCAGCUCUUCUCCUACCUCUUCUUCUUCAUCAACGCUCUGCUCUUCAACCUGCUGAUGGAGAGAGGGUCCGGAGGAGCAUUUUACUGCUGGUCCCGUGGAGUCCAGGUCAGGGCCAAUCUGGAUCUGCUGAUGGACUGGGCUCACGGAGCCGGACUCGCGGAUCUGGCUCACACUUACCUUCUCAAGCUCUCCUCGGCCGUCAAUCUGCUGGCCACACCGAAGGAAAACCUUCUGCAGAUGUCGUGGAAGGCUCUGCGGAUGGAGUUCCCGUCUCUGAACGCAGCUCAGCUCCAUCACAUACUGAGAGAGUACGAGCCGCGGCGCUCCUGUCCAGCAGGGUGGACGCCUUCCGGCGACGAGGACGAGGCGCUCGCAACCGCUGAUAUCCUGGAGAGCUUCGAUCAGCAUCCUCCUCUCAUCCUCCCUGCCGACGGCUUCAUACUGCAGCUGAGAAGAGCAAUCAGUGAGACGCAGCUCAUUACACAGCUGUACCGCUUUCAGAGGUUCAUCACAGACCCAGAGGCAGCCCCACAUUCCCCACAGCCACCUCAGCUGGUGCCGAUGGAGGCCAAGCUCACUAAGAUGGAGCUUCACCCCAAAGCUCAUCUGGAGGUGGGUCACACAGAAAUGGUGAUUCCUCACGCAGGAGCGAGUGACCUGGGCUCAUGUGAAGCUCUUUUAACCAAAAAGCUUCAGAAUCUUGAGCUUCAGGAUAAAGAUGCAGCCCGUCCGGCGCUGGACCCAUCGUGUUUACUGACCCCGCCGAACACGCCACAGAACCUGGAGCUGACGGACUCCGACACGGAUUCACAGCAGCACACCUCCACAGUCAGACCGGAGGAAGGUGAGAGUGAGGAGAGUGAGAUUAGAGAAGAAGAUGUGUUUGUGCUGGAGCUGCAGAGAGCAGCGUGUGGUUUGGGUCUGAUGCUGGCGGACGGAGAGGAAAGCCCAUCUACUGUGAGUGGGAUUUACAUCAAAUCAGUGCUUCCAGACUCUCCUGCCGCUUUAUCCCAGAGGCUGAGAGCCGGCGACCGCAUUCUAGCAGUGAAUGGACUGAGUCUGGUGGGAGUCGACUAUCAGACUGGCCGGGAUCUCAUUCAGAUGUCAGGAGAAAGGCCUCGGCUGCUGGUUGCCAGAUCUCACAGUGCUACGAAAGAAACGAGGACAAAAACUUCUGCAUAAACCUAGUGUUUAAAAACUGCUUUUACCCUUAGAUAGAGUGUGAUGGACAAAACAAAAUGACAAAAACAACAUCUAAUUUUUAUAUG